AUGGCUAUAGCAUUUACACAACAUUUGACGAGAGCAGAUCAAGGCAAUAAUGCCAACCGAGGUAAUAAUGGCAACCAAGGUAAUAAUACCAAUCAGGGUAAUAAUGCUAAUCAGGGAGGUGGACAGGGUAAUGGAGGUAAUGGAGAUGCAUCGGCUAACAGGGGAACCAGGACAUAUGCUAGAGCAAGUUCUUCUACUAUGAGACCACUCAUGCCACAGUUUCCUCCGAGACAGAAUGACCAGAAUAAUGUCGGUCCUACAGAGCAAGAGAUUCAAAAUAUGAUUAUGGAUGAUUGGAGGGACUCUAGCCUUGAGCUAUAG